CCCCUCCUCCACCUACGACUUUCUCCCUCCGACAAACAACUUUCUCUGGCAGCCAAUUUUCAACCAACUGUCUGCCUCCAAACAGGACGUCAAUUUCGUCCGCACUUCUCUUGUCUACCUCUUGCCUACCUCUUGUCUCCGCUCUCGACUUGCUCUCUGUCGCAGUCGACGCAGUUACUCAGACAAACAUUCUCUGCACCUCUUUCAACCCUUACCACCAACGUCAACAAUGAGCCCCGCCAUGUCUGUCUUGCAGCAGAACGAUGCGCAGCUUCCUCUCAUGUUGACCGCCAAUGAGCAAGACACUAUCGCUACCUUCGAGUACAACCUCAAGGAGUGCGAGCACUUGCUCAAGAUGGCCGGCUUCGCCUUUAACGGCGCUGUCACCUUGCCUCGCUCUAUGAAAGAUCGAUUCCGCACCGAUGCUGGCGCCGAGUACGCUGCCCACCAGCUCAGCUUGAUCUUCCAGCGUCGCAUCGUCUUCACUAGCUAUGACGAUCGCACCGAGUUCGGCUUCGCCUUGGAGAACGAUAUUCAGCAUGGUCUCUCAGCCAAUCUUACGGGUCUCCUUGCGUCUGUUUCCAAGGUGACUGCUGGCCGCAAGAACCCUCCACGCCCCAUGAAUUGCUGGAUGCUGUUCCGCGACACCAAGCACAAGCAGCUCAAGGAUGCCAACCCCAACCUGACUGUCCAGGAGAUAUCUACUCUCUGCGCUCAGGACUGGCGCCGCCUCGCUCCCCAGGAGAAGAACGAGUGGCGCGAGCGUGCUAAAGAGGCCAAGGAAGAGCACAAGCGCAUCUAUCCCGACUACAAGUACAACCCCCGUAAGCCAGGUCAGAAGAAGAAGCGUCAGUCUCGCAAGCAAGCUGCUGCCGCCGCCACUACUGCCGCCCAAGUCACCGAGCCUACUGCUGUCGAGCCCGUCAACACCGCUCCUGAGAUCGUCGACUUCAAUGAUUUCAUCGGCAUUAUCCCAACUGUUGCUUUCGGAGGCAUGCGUACCGAAUUCGCUGCCGACGCCAUCGCUUCCAAUGUCACUGAUUUCCUCGCCGGCGAUAUCAUCUCCAACGGCAACCAGGGUCAGGGCAUGCAGUUUGCGGUCUCCCAGGAUCUUCACUAUGGAAAUGAGUUGCUCCGUCAGCAGGCUCUCGAAGAGGAGUUCCGUAUCGGCUUCGAGCAGACCCUCAUGGAUGACAACUUCGCUUUCGUCGACGGCGCUAACGAGGAUGUCACUCUUCCUGCCUUCCAGGACUUUGUCUAA